AUGAACAGGAGUGGCCACCCCAGCCGACGGGGAACUUCAUCCAAGGCCACAGACAAUGACACCGCCGACGGGUCCACCGAAGAGUCCGUCGGCUCGCUGCUGGCCGUCAUCGCCAACUCCAUCAACGAUGCCCUCCGCCUCCUCAUGUUCGCCGACAAGGCCCACUGGGGGCCCGACGAGUUCGAGCAGGUCCGCGCCCUCGAGCACACCCUGGACGAGGCCAAGAAGGACUUCCAGGAGAUGGGGCCAUUGCUCAAGGGCUCCGUGUACUACGAGAACGACCGCAGGCUCGAGUCGCUCGACGAGCUCGGGGACCUGCGCACAGAAUUCGAGAACCAUGCCCAGGUCUUCAAGGACUGGCUGCGACAAGGUGGGCCUAUCGAACCUCUAUGGGUCAACGACACCGUGCGACUGAGACGCGAACUCCAUCGAGCGCAAUGUCGCGCUGCCGCCCGGAUAUUCGCCUCCCAGCAGGCCGACAUAGCAGACGGACCGGGACAGCGAUGUCUUGGCGCGUUUGAGGUAUAUAGGCGGCAGCGACGGCUGGACGACCGCCGGAAGCAAUACGAGCAGCAACAGGGAGGGCGAACCUCGAGGUAUGAGUCGACGCGGGAUGAGGUGGCCCAGGCGCAAGGCAAGAAACCAAAAAGAAUACAGAGCUGGGAACAGCAGACCCCCGUGAUGGGCACGUCCAUCGGCGAGGCGGUGGAGAUGGGUCACAUGGGCCAGCAGAAAGCGCCCUCGAUACACUACAGCGAGCAGUUGGACGCCGUGGAGCGGGAGGCCGAGCUGACGGAAGCGCUGGAGGAGCUCGUCCCCGUCUGCAGCACCGUCGGGCACUUCGAGCGGUUCGGUGACCGGGAUGUGGGCUUUGAAUGCGAUUUCUGCGAGGGGUUCAUCGUGUGGAACGACCUGAUGGUCAUGCCGACGAAACCGGACCCGUCCGCCGUCGCCAAGGGCGUCACGGAGCAGCCGAACUGGCAGUCCCGCGGGAAGAGCGUCUCGACCGGCGAGGACAAGACCGUCGUGUUCGCGCCCCUCGCCAUAGCGAACCACCUCGCGCCCGAGAUCGGCGGCUGGCAGGCGAGGAUACUCUGCCCGUACUGCGACGACUACAACUACUUCGAGCAGGGCGAGGGGGACGAGACCCGAUAUGCCCAGGACGAGCGCGGCUUCGGAAGCCUGGACGAGUUCCAGGCUCAUCUGGAGUGGCACCACACCUCGACUGCGAUGCCGAGCCUGCCAUCGGCCAAGAACUGCGUGGUCAUGUAA